CAAUCACGUCAAAACCAGGCAAUGAAUGAAUGUACGUUUCAGCCAUAAAGCGAUGCUCGUAUGUCAUAAUUCUCUCCGUCUGUGGAUAUCUAACCAUUGCAAUGCUUAAGAAAUUAUUCCGACGUGGUAAAAAGACCAAAGCUGUGACUCAGAAAGACUCCGCUCAAUCAUUGGAAAUGUCGCCAGCGCGAUUAUCGGAAUUAUCGGUGGAACGAUUAUUGCCAGAAAGUGAACAGGACGACGAGGAUUCAGAUUCAGCAUCCAUGAAAGUUCUUGGGGCCUCUACAGGUUCACGUUCUUGUAGCGAAAGCUCUAGUUAUGCACGUUUAAAUGAAGAUGCUAGAGAGACGGAUGGCGAGUAUAAGAAGACAUGUCGCCAACUCAACAGCGCCAUGCAAAAGUUUAGAAGGAAAGAGGCAAAGAUAAAGAAAAGACAGAGAGACAUUGUCUGUAUGCACCAUGAACUCUGUGAAUUGACUCGUUUGAUGCACCUGGCAAAUGUACAAGCAAACUCGCUGGAUCAAGCACUAGAUCAUACCAAGAUGGAAAUGGCCACUCUCUGUUCUCAAAUAGAUUACGAUUCUGAGGAGGAUAUUCGCAAGCGAGAACCUCUUUGCUACAAAAAAUUCAAAAACGCUUCAACUAAAGCCGACACGGAAAAAGUCCUCAACAUGAUCCGAGGUCGCCAGAAUGCGCUUCGGCACCUGGAAGUUCUCGCCUACAAGAAGCUGCUGAUGCAUUCUAAUAGCCUUAACAACGCCAGGAUAGAUAUCAACGAGUGCUCAAACAAAGACAAAAAGAGUGCAGAAAAUAUGGCUUCUUUGCGAAGUCGCCGAAAGCCCCCUACACCACCCAAACCCAACUUUCGAAGCCCUGGCGGGCGACUGAAUUCUCAUCUUCAAAGCGCACAGACUCUGUUAAAUGAAUUAUUACAAAUCAGCGGAACGGUCGCUAAUGGACCACAAAGUGAAACAGGGUCCGAAAUUAGUCCCAUAAACGUAGUGAGCGUCGAGAACGGACCGCUCGGCGGAACGGGCAAUGAUAAUGGGCCGCUGGGACCGCAGGAAUCUGAUGUCUGAAGUUAAACAAGUUCUUUUGGAAACUAAGGACCCGAUUGGGGUCUUUUUGGUAUGAGAAAUACCAUCCCACUAAAGUUGUCUAUUAAAUUUCCCAUUUACAGGGAAAUGAUGUGAUUUUAACAUGUAUAAUUAUAAAGUUACUUUCCUAAAAUCCUUGUCAACCAUGCAAUAAAUAGAUACAUCCAUUUCCCCAUAACUUGGUCUCUUUAAUUUUGCAUUAAUAUAGAAGAAAAAUUCAGUAUCAAACAUGAUUGCAAACUUACUAGGGUCUGUUGAAUAAAGGAAAAGUUUGUGAAAAA